UAGAAUUCGAAAAGAAAUAAAUUUAAUCUAGAUCUAUUGGUAGUUCAUUGGGUGCGAUAACUUGCUUCUCGUUUGAAUCGACUGAUUUCGCUAAUCAUUCUAAGGUUAUGACGAGAACUAAAGGAAGUAAGAAUGGACAACAACAUAGGAGCAAUGUUGUUAGACGAUGUAAGUUAUCUGUGGUGCAUAUCAAAUGGGGCGAUUGUAAGAAUAUCAACGACUCUGGUGUUUACAUGAUGAGGCACAUGGAGAUGUUUAUGGGUGAAUCGCCUUCAUCGUGGACAUGUGGUCUGGCGCCAAAGUUAAAGAAACAACUGAAUCUUUUGCGGGUUAGAUACUGUGCAUUGCUUCUCGGGUGGGACAAGAAUAAUAUUAAAGAUGCAGUUGCAAUGAGUGCUAAUAAUUGUUUUGAUGAACAAUUUGGAGAUGGUAGCAUCAAUAUCGACGCCAAGUUGUUGGGAUGAUUUUUCAGUUUAUUUGUGGUUUGA